AUGACCGACCGCACUAAGGACAUAGAAACGAUGCGUCGCACCUUUGAAAACCCAACAGAAUGGAGAGUACGUAAAGCGUUCCUGGAGAAAAACUAUAACGCUCUGGACAGAGAAAGGCUUAUAAUCCUCUCUAACUGCUUUAUAAACCACGAACUAUACGGUUGCGGCUAUCCAGAGAAGAUUAUGUCGGAGAUUAGAAAAUGGGGGGACGGAGUUAUCGAUAGUGUAUAUAUGGGUAAGGCGGAUUUUGCUGCUUUGCACAUAAAAUAA